AUCAUCUUUGCUGCCAGCCACAGUUAUUGCUUCGAAGUUCCCAUAACCUCUUCUCUUUAAACUCAGCUAUGGAGCCAAUUUUGAUUCUACAAUUGAGUCAUUGUUGGUGUUCGAGGACAUCAUGGAUUUGUUGCAAGCUGAACUGUGAGUUCGGUCUGAAUGGUGGCGGUGUUCUGAACGAUUGAUCAUCAGACUGAGAUUUGCAGGCUUGUUGAAUAUAAGACGCUGUUCUCUUCACGACUUCCAGCUUCACGUGUGGAUGGAGAGGUGGUGCGUUUAUCAGGAUGGCGAACAUGAAUGAGUCGUGUUAAUCAACUUUGACUCGAUUCUGUAGUUGUAUUUCUGAGUAUGGGUGGACUGUGGUCAUGAACACAUACACAUCGCCAUAUGUUUUGGUGAUGAACGUGAACAAGAAUGAGAAUGGGAUUCAAGGAGAGGGUAAGCUGGGCAAGAAGGGUGAAGGCAUUGGCAGUGCGGACAAUGACAACGAGCAGAACAACGCCAACAACGAUAACUACAAGACUGGAGGACCCGCAGUGCAGAAACAUGACUACAAUGUGAAGAUGUGCUGCUUUAAAUGUGGAGAAGAUCCUGGAGGAAUCUCGGUAUCUCUUUGGUGUGCAGUCAAUGAUCAUCGACCGGGGCGUCAGCAAAGUCAGUGUGGUUGGAAAAUUUGAUCCUUUGAUAUUGCUGAAGAAGUUUAAGAGGAACGUUGACAAGAAGGCGUGCUUCUGGGCUCAGGAAGCGAAGAAAGAGUGGGCUGGAGGCUCCAAAUAUGGAAAAAAAAUAUUGUCAGAAGCAGAGGGCAGGGAGCGAUGGCAGCAGCAACAUGAGCAAUAACAAUAACAAUGGAGGAGGUGAGAAGAAAAAAGGGGAAGCUAGCGGUGGCAGUGGAAUCAGCAGCAACCAACAAAACUUUAGGGGAGGACAGAGCUGUAAUAAUGCUCCUAAAUACAACAACAACAAUCGGCUGAAUGGUCGAGGAGGAGUUGGAGGUGAAAUUGCUCAUAAGGAUAAGAAAAGUGGAGAUGGAGAAGUAAAGGUGAAGUGUAAUGGUGGUGGCAGUGGCGGUGGCGGCAACAAUCACAAAUACAACAGCCAGAGAAUGGAGCACCCACCAAUGGUUUUCCAGCAGCAAGAGUGGGAUUUCGGAGGCUUUCCACCCCUUCGAGGCUAUGGGGGAGGAGGCUACCCUGGUUAUCAUUCCCAUGAGACGCAUUUUCAGCCCAAAGCCUACUAUUCUAGCGAUUACAGGCCCAGCCAGUCCUAUCUUGCGGAUUUUCGCAACAUGGACUACUUCAGCCAGCCUGUCGCCAAUCCCAAUUACAUGAAGAGCAUCAUCUACUGAACAUCAUCUACUUAGAAUUCUGGAAGUGUCCGGGGAGGAUUUGAUAAUCAGGAUCAAGAUGGAGUAAAGGACACAAAACUUAACCUGGUUACUUGAUGCAUGCAAAUUCGUAACGGUCAAGAUGGGAUUUACCGUAAUUAAUGCCGUGAGUUGCUUCACGAUCACGAAUAAAAAUUAAGAAUGGAUGAAAGUUUAACAGCCCUGCGCGUUUCAAUGCGCGGGUCUCCACAAUUACAAAGUUUUCAGUCUUUGCAGAUCCAUCUGCUGGAAAUUGUCGCCAUAUUCCUCGGAGUUACUGACGCAGUAUGUUAAAACUUAGUGUUAGGGACCUCAACCACGAUCAUAACCAGACAGCUUCUAGCCACUUUGUAUAACUCUAGGUCAUUGCGCAUCUGAAUUUCUAGACCUGGAAUUCAGAGGGCCCUAGAAAAGCUGAACUAGUAGAAGAGAGUAAUAAUAGAGAGCAUUGAAGCUGGCUGCACAAUGCCUGACUCACCAACAGCACGAAGUGCAACAACACUUGCUGACGCUCGGUGAAAAUUCUUCACAACACAAAUCACUAGAAUUUCACCAUGGCAAGCGAACCUCGGAUUUCCAUCACAAAUCUGCAUAGAUUACAUUCAAGCAGGACUCCUGAUAGAGUAUGCUAUCAUGAAGAUCAGUAACGCCAUUAUUUUCAUUGGCAAUGCGGUCGUCCUCGCAGAUGAGGUCCUGCUGUAUCGUGCGGCAUUCGAAGCAGAGCUUCGCAGGGUCUUGAAUUUCCCUAAUUUCCUGAAGAGGAUCUCUUUGCAAGAACCCUCUGAAUGGUGCAUGCCCUAUGCCGUGUCCAACCAUUGGGAUUUCCGUGGCUGUGUCAAAUGGAAAUUUGAGCUCGAUAAUGGGCGAUAAUGCAAAUCCAGCUGCAACUUCUUUUAGCCAGCAAUUUUCAA